UAGAAAACAUAAGAUUAACUUGUAUCUUAUUGUAAAUAAGUUUCGAUUAGAAUCCUGGUAACUGUAUUAUCAUAAACACGUCGUUGAUCCAUACUUGGUACAGUCCAAUGUCCUUCGCUUAGAGAAGGAAGACUACUGAAGGCUACUGUUUGGUGUUAACAUAAGGAACCAUGGUCAAAUUUGCAUUACCAACCAGUGUGAAUUGGGCACACAUAUUGGUUCCCAUGGGCUUUGUGUUUGGAUGGUACCUUGACAAACAACAGGACCAGAAGCUGACAGCAUUCAGAAACAAGAGUGCACUGUACAAGAGAGAGUUGAAACCUGGUGAGGAGGUGACCUGGAAGUAGACGCUUCACUGCUUGUAAAGUUCCAUCGGUUUAAGUGUGAAUGAAUAAUGAUGAGUGGCCCUCAAGUUGUAAUGUUGAAGAAGACUGAUGUACAUCUUAUUUUGAGUUGUAUCAACUAAAAUAAAUAAAAAUGUCUGUUCUCAAGAA